AUGUUACCGGUAGAUAACAGACUUCUAAAUUUACAGAUCUACAAACUUCUUCAAUGCGUUCACCAGAAAGACAAGAAACAAAUAGAAAAGCUGGUCCAGAAUGGAUUCCCCAAUCUCAUUAAUGCCACAGAGCCCAUGGAAGGAUAUAGUGCCCUUCAUCUGGCUUGCAUUAAAAACAACACUGAUAUGUGCAGAUUCUUGCUAGAACAGGGAGCUCAUCCAGAUGUCCAGGACAAAAUGGGAUGUACUCCAGCAAUGAAGGCAGCUGAGCUGGGCCAUGAGUUGGUUUUGGAUAUAUUAGCAGGAGCUAAAGCAGACAUGACGACUGUGGAUAAUGAAGGCAAAGGUGUUUUGUUUUACUGCCUUUUACCUACAAGGCGGCACUACCACUGCACACAGAUUGCUUUGGAUAAGGGUGCAGAUGUUAACAACUGUGCUGCUGAUGGGAAGCCUGUGUUUCUAAAAGCCUGUGAGGAAGCUCAUGAUAUUAAAGAAAUAUGCCUGAAUUUCUUGGAAAGAGGAGCAAAUCCCAAUGCAAGAAACCCGGCUACAGGCCGCACAGCCUUAAUGGAAGCUGCAAGAGAAGGUGUUCUCGAGCUGGUGCGUGGGCUGCUUGAACGAGGAGUUGAUGUUAACCUGUUUGACUUUGAAAGACACAGUGCUGCACAUUUUGCAGCCAAAGGAGGCUUUUUUGAGAUUCUGCGGAUAAUUUCAGCUUAUAACGGAGACUUGGGGCUGAUUGCUAUGAAUGGUAACACACCACUUCACUAUGCUGCGGAGGGAGGAUUUGCAAAUUGCUGCAAAUUUAUAGGACAGAGAGGCUGUGAUCCUACAUGGAAAAACUUAUUAACAAAAACCCCAAGAGCUAUUGCCAGGGAAGGUGGUUUUAAAGCAGCAGCAGCAGAAUUACGUAAAAUUGAAAAUGCCUUUAAAAAGCAGUCUGAGCCUGAGGCUAAGGAGGACAACCCACGCUGGGCAAUAAGGCUCUACGACUGGUCCUUAGAGCACCAGGCUGCCCUCCGCAAGGCAUUUGAGGCUGUCGACCAGGGAGAUGGCACAGUAACUAAAGAGGAUUUUAUAGCAGUUAUCCAGAAAAAUUGUGCCUUUGUGGACAUUGAACAAAUAGAAACUAUUGCUGCAAUGCAUGAAAGUUCUGACCCUGAGGGAAUUGAAGUGGACAAAUUCUUCAAAGGGUCUGUCUACUUGCAUAAAAACUGUCUUAUAACGGCCUUUGGACCCAAAGGGAAGAAGAAGAAAGGGAAGAAACAAAGAGGCAAAAAAGGCACUGCCAUGCCAAUUUGUGUUGUUCCAGAGAGCACGUGUCCACGUAGGGAAGAUGGCUUCCCAGUGUACAUGAUUGAGGCUGUUCAGGACACUGCUAAUAGCUACCAUUUUAACCGAGACCACCCAUCUGCCCAUCCUGUGCAUGAUGACCGUGCCUGGUAUAUAGAAGAGCCGAGGAAAAUGUACAUGAAUAUUAACUACCUAGUCAGAGAAGGAGACAUCUUAUCUUUACAGAAAGCAUUUGAGGAGGGUGUGCCAGUAGACAUAAAAGAUAAAUAUUACAAAACACCUUUGAUAGCUGCAUGUGCAAGUGGGAACAAAGAGGUUGUGCAGUAUCUUCUGGAAAAGGGGUCUGAUGUGAAUGCAACAGACAAUUUCAUGUGGACUCCCCUCCACCAUGCUUGCUACAACGGAUACCUAGAUAUUGCUGAACUGUUAGUGGAGGCUGGAGCGGCCGUGGAUGCCCCUGCAGCAGGCAAUGCAACCCCACUAAUGAGAGCCAUUGAGAUCUGCAGAUUGGAUAUAGUCUAUUUUCUAAUCAGUGCGGGUGCUGACAUCCAAACAGUAAACAGCAAUGGAAAGAAUGCUCUUGAUAUUGCUCAAGCCUUUGCAGAUUCUAGAAUAAUUGAACUGCUCCAAACCAAACUGGAAAAUUUGCCGCAAGUACCAGAAAAAAAAGAUGAAGAGAAAGUAAAAGAGCCUUCAAAGCUACCUCUGACAGGUGUGGAGAAGUUCGUUUUUGAAAAGCCCACGCAUUCUCUUAAGGACAGUGUUCUUUAUCUCCACUCUUUGAUAACCAGUGGUGCUACCAAGGAAGAUGACAUCACAUUCAAACCCAGAAAAGUUUGGGGCCCUGAAGCCACAACAGAGGAGAUAGUAAGAAAGCAGGAGCUGCUACGUGAACGCCUUACUCUUGGUGGCCACUCAGAAAUCUCCAUGAAGCCUUUUGAUAGAAAAGUUACAGAAUAA